AAUCUCAUCUUGCGAGACUGUGACGUCACGUCAUUACGCAAAAUGAGUGCGCCCACCCUCCGCCGGGAGUUGGACUCUCCGUUAACCCUAGUCACUAAGUAGCAACUAAAUAAUGGCUGCUAAGGUUGCAAAAGGGUCGACACGUAAAUCCAAGCCAAUUGUAGUGAAGACGUCAUUGAACAACCCGUAUGAAAUAGCCUGGAAUACCGUAGUAGGGGAAGAAAUGCAAUUCAUAUUAAAAACUUUAACUGAUACAUUUAAGGACCUUGGCCUAAAAAAGGUUGAAAUUGCAAAGAAGCCCCGAAAAAGCAAACAAGUAAAAACACGAAAGGGAAACAACAGUGAAAAGGCAGAAACAAAGAAAGAAAGCUCAGAGGCAACAAAAAGCGAAGGAGUCCAAGACGACCCAGAAAAAUCAGGCUGGACACGGAACGACCUUCGCAAGGAGCUGGCUAUAGGGAUUAAUGAGGUCACCAGGGGGCUGGAAAAAAAUGAACUCAGUUUGGUCCUGGUGUGUAAAUCUGCAAAACCAGAGAUGAUCACCAAGCACCUCAUUGAACUCAGUGUGAGCCGUGAAACCCCAGCCUGCCAGCUGCCACGUCUUAGUGAGAACAUUGGGCCAGCGCUCGGGUUGAAGUCUGUGUUGGCAUUGGGCUUUAAAAAGAACUCUGAUGUUUUUAUUGAGGAAUUGAAGUCAGUCAUUCCCAGGAUACCACCGUUAAACCUUCCUUGGCUAAAGAGAGGCUUACCAAAGGCUGCAGCUUCAGGGGAAGAUGAUGAAACUAUGGAGAAGGCCAGCAGUGAGCCAUUGGCCAGUCGUAAACGAAAACAUGGCGGAAGUGAGGCAGAAACUAAAGACGCAGGUGACAUAAAGUUACAAGCCCUAAAAGUUAAAAGAAUUGUACCCAAUCCAAAUAAAAUUCGGAAAAUCAAGAAGAAGAAACUUAAAAAGUAAUUUGUGCUAUUUUUGCUGGAAAUUAUGUACUUUUUUUUGCAUAAACAAUAUAUUUACAUUGAAAGAGAAUUUAAGUUCUGAACACUGAAAGAAUUCAACUGAAAUAUUAAAGGAAUACUGUUAUGGGAAAA